UAUUUUUAUAUAAAAAAUGGCAGCCAUCAUCUAACAAACUAUCAAUGCGUAAAAUGCUUCAAGUUUUCGAAAUGACUUUGUUGAGCAAUAUUGUAUUGAUAAACAAUGGCACAAUUCACACGAGUGUGCAAAUCGGAAAUCUGUUGCGUGGCUAGAAGUUAUGGAACUUGGAGGUACCAGCAGAAUCAUUAUGAAAUCUUAAAUGUUUCACCCAAUGCGUCCCAGAAAGAGAUUAGACAAGCUUUUAUCAAAUUAUCAAAACAAUUGCAUCCUGAUACUAGUGGUAAACAAAGUCAUACUGAUUUUAUAAGGUUGAAUGAAGCGUACAUGAUUUUAAGUAAAGAAAAUACAAGGCGCCAAUACGAUUUUGAUUUGAAGUAUAAUAAAUACAAUCCAUCUUACGUAAAUAACGCACAGAACACGCAAUAUAGCAGUCAAUGGGAAUAUGAAGUACGUACAGCAGGAGGACCAUGGCCGCCACCGCCUCCACAAACACCGAAUAAAUACUUUGGUCUCCUAAUAGCUCUUACGUUUGUUGGGUUAGGGUUGUUACAACUUGUUUUCAUGCUUUAUUCUAUAAAAGCAAGAAAGAUAACUUUGCGACAUACUCUAAUAGAAAAUAAAUAUAAACAAAUUCGAAAAUCAGCACAUAUUAAAUCCAAUAAGUUUUCUAUAAAAGAUCUUAAUACUGAAGAGAAUUUUAAUGAGUACCUGACUGCAGAAGACAGUAGUGAAUGUUAGUAAAAAUUUUAUUAGAAAUUAAAGAAAUGACAGUUAUUAGA